AUGGCCUCGGGCGGCGCGGCCGUUGGCGGCGCGACCGGUAGCGGCGCGGCCGGUAGCGGCAUGGCCGGUGGUGGUGAGGCGCCGGGCGGCAGCCCAGGAGCGGGAUCGGGAGCUGGAGGAGGAGGAGGAGGAGGAGCGGCCGGCGGCAAGAUGAAGAGUCGGCGCCACCUUUUGGGCGCCGCGAAGCCCCCCUAUGCCAGGAGCAAGAAGCAGGGAAUAAUUAGCAGAAUGACAGAAACGGUGAAAAAUAUUGUACCGGCAUGGCUGCAGAAGUAUUUCAGUAAACGUGAGGAUGAGUAUGUAGAUGCAAAUGAAUCUGCAAACCAGGAGGAGACUCCGGUAAACUACCAUCGUGAUUACACAGAUGAAGAUACCAUAAUCGAUAAGAGAUUGACACCUGAACCAGCAAGAAUUAAUAGAGAAGAACCAUCCACAAGUAGAUCAGCACUGAACUUCUCAGUUGCGUUAACAAGGCCCGCUCUUCAUCGGAGCCAUUUGAAUUAUACCGUGUUGGAUUCUUCUGUCCCACCUUGUCAGCCCUCGACAUCUUCUAUAUUUGGCAUUGGCAGUCCUGGACUCUCUUUCAUAAAAGAAAUAAAAGAUUCUACCUCUCAACAAGACGAUGAUAACAUCUCAACGACUAGUGGUUUCUCCUCUAGAGCAUCCGACAAAGAUGUUGCAGUUUUAAAAAAUACUUCUUCAUCACUGCUCUGGGCAACAGAAGCUGAAAGGACUCAUUCCGUCUCGCAGCAUUCUGCAGCUAGCUCUAAGAAACCUGCAUUCAGUUUAUCUGUUUUUGAAGGACUGUAUCCUGCACGUGGAAGCACGUCUGACUGUAAGAAAAACCAGCUUGGGUUUUCGCCGUUUUACCCUGGAAAGACGGCCUAUGGUGGUGCAGCUGUAAAAUCAAAGCAGAUACAUAUUCAACCUUAUCGGGUACAAAUGAAAGCGAAAGCUAAACAAGGAAAUGGGCGGCCCCGAGCUACCUUAAGUACCGCAGCGCAGUGCAUUUUGGCGGCAAUGGAGAAUCUGUCAACCCCUUUGGAGGAUGCUAAAAGAAUUCCACCUCCUUUGCCACUGUAUCGUCCUCUGGACUUAGAUGAACUGGGUAUUCCUGACUACCAGUCCAAACGAAGAAAGCUGGAAUCCCAGAAUGCAUCCCAGCUUCCACCUGUUAAGAAACUUGUGAUACCACAGGUAAACCGUCAACCGAUGCAUCAGGUCCGCUAUUUUAAGCCAUCAUCGACUUCAACUACAGAGUCCAGCAAAAUUUGCCAGAGAGUAGACACAAAGUACCAAGAGAUGACAGAGAAGACUUUGCCUGCAGAACAGCAAGCAGAACCAUCUGAAAGCAAUGUGACAAGCUACAAACUCAGUACUGCUGCAUCCAAUGGUCUGUCUUCAGGAAUGAAUAGUGGAGGCGGCAAAAUGAGAAGGGAAAGAGGAAUGCACUAUUUAUCAAGAGCUGUACAAGAACAGGAAGUGGAGGAACCGGUGCUACCGAAAAUACCCCUACCCAUCGGUACUGCGUCGCUGCCUCAGUUCAACUUUAGUUUUGUUGGCAGUACCGCUGUCUCAGCGUCACCAAGCGCUGUUUCAACAGCAGCAACGAGCAUGAUACAACCAACAAGUAAUGUUAGCAGUCCUGCGUUCGCAUUUUCAUCUCCAAUUGUGAAAUCUACUGAGGCAGAAGUGCUACCUACGUCUUCUCAGAUUGGGUUUACAUUUAGUGUUCCUGUUGUAAAAUCAGCAGAGCUUUCUGGAUCCAGUGAUACGCCAGUGACGUCCUUUCUUACCCUAGACACCACCAACUCAACCAACAUCAACAAGGGUAAAGAGGAGAUCGAAGAAUAUUUUGAUGGUCCCUUCAAAACUGGAAAUAUAUUAUUAAAGGAAGGAAGCGUCUUAGACAUUCUAAAAAACCCUGACUUUGGAUUUUUGAAAACAAACUCUUCUACAUCUGCACAACCUACAACAAGCACAGUGGUUUAUACUAGGCCUGCAAUAACAAAUUUUUCUGCAGGUAAAGAGACUUCUAAACAAGCAUCAUACUGGCAGUCUGAUACCUGUGACCCUUCUCUGCAAAACAAAGACAUAGACAACAAAUGUGUAACUUGUCAAGCUACUAAAGCAUCAACAGUUGAGAGUACGAAACAGACAAUAAGUUCAAGUCAAUGUGACACCUCAAAGCCAACAGCGCCCCCAGCAGGGAUGCUGGGCUUUGGAGACAAAUUCAAAACUGUACCUGGAACGUGGGAUUGUGAUACAUGUCUUGUCCAAAACAAACCGGAAGCUACAAAAUGUAUAGCAUGUGAGACACCGAAACCUGGAACGGGAGUAAUGCCUGCUCUGACAUUACCAGUGGUUGCAGACAGCUCAGUUACAGUGACAUCCUCAUCAAGCAGCACUGACACAACAGUCACUCUGGGCUUUGGAGACAAAUUUAAGAAGCCGAAAGGCUCUUGGGACUGUACAGUAUGCCUUGUAUCAAAUAAGACAGAAGAUAACAAAUGUGUAGCGUGUCAGUCUGAGAAACCAGAGGGUCCAACACCUGUGACCAGUAGCAGUGCAUCUGCAUUUUCUGCUCCUUCUGGGGAAUUUCUGGAUUUAGACAAAUUCAAGAAGCCUGAAGGAAGCUGGGAUUGCGAGACCUGCUUGGUUCAAAACAAAGCAGAGGCCACAAAAUGUGUAGCCUGUGAAAGUGCAAAGCCAGGCACCAAAGCAGAGCUCAAAGGUUUUGGUACUGCUACUGCGUCCACAAAUACUGCCUUGCCAUCAUUUACCUUUGGUGUUCAGUCGUCAUCAUCCUCUGAGUCUUCUCAUACAUCAGAUAGCACGGGAAGUUUUAAAUUUGGCGAACAAGGGGGCUUCAAGUUUGGCAUUGCCUCUGAAUCUGCAUCCUCCAACAGUGUGGUUGGGGGAUUUAAGUUUCCUAGUACUCCAGGGGACUUCAAAUUUGGAGUUUCAUCCUCACUAUCUAAAUCAGAAGAGAGUAAAAAAGAAGGAAAAAAUAACAGUUUUACCUUUGGCCUUCCAUCUACAAGUAGUCAGGCUCCUUCAACGUUUCGGUUCGGGGCAGCGAGCCUGGGACAACAGGAAAAGAAAGAGGAACCAGUAUUGGGAGGUUUUGCUUUUGGUACAAGUUCUGCUACUUCCAUGGUUGCCAACGAGAAUAAAACUGGAGUCAGUGGCUUCACUUUUGGAACUGUUGGAGAAAAGGAGGUUGUAUUGUCGUCUUUUGCAUUUAAGAAGCCAGAUGAGAAGAAAGAUGAAGCUCCUUCAACAAAGGGAGGCUUCUCCUUUGGCAGUGCAGAGUCUGCAGCUGCCUCACAGUUUGUUUUGGGAAGGACAGAAGAGAAGCAGGAUUCAGUCACUUCUGCUGCUCCGUUAGUUUUUGGAAAGAAAGCUGACACUGAAGAGCCAAAGGCACAGCCUAUCUUUUCAGUUGGGAAGUCCGAGCAUACAAAAGAAGAGAGCACAGCAAAACCUAUAUUCAACUUCAGUUUCGUUAAACCAUCAGAGAAGGAACCUGAGCAAGCAAAGCCAGCUUUUUCGUUUGGGGUCCAAACCAGUACUUCAGAUCAAGGAGCACCAAAACCAUCCUUCAGCUUUUUGAGCUCUGGUUCCUCCAGCACGGCCAUACCCACCACUUCAGCCAACAGCAGCAGUGUGUUCGGCAGUGUCAGCUCUUCCUCAAACCCUACGCCGGUCCCUGCUCCCUUUGUGUUUGGACAAGCCAGCAACACUGUGAGCAGCUCCACGUUUGGCAAUUCUGCAGAAUCUACGACGUCUCAGUCGUUUGGCUUCUCCCAAGAAAACAAACCAGCAACCACAUCUUCCAGCACUGGUGUAGCCGUUGCUCCGUUUGUCUUCGGUUCAGGAGGCAGCAGUAGCAAUGCAGCAAAUCCUGGAUUUACCUUUGGAGCCACAACCACGUCAAGUUCAACAGGGUUGUCCUCUUCGUUUGUGUUUGGCUCUGGGUCUUCAGCACCUGCUGCUGGCCCAGCAUUUGGUGCCAGUCAGCCACCAGCAUUUGGCCAGAGCCAGGGGUCCAGCCAGCCAAACACUCCGAGUUUUGGAUCGCUGUCGACAACAUUGUUUUCAGCGGGCUCUCAGCCUGCUCCUCCUGCCUUCGGCUCUGUGACGAGCAGUACUCAGCCCCCUGUGUUCGGACAGCAAGCGAGCCAACAGCCAGGUUUUGGCUCUGGUACCUCCAGCGCUGGUCCUGUGUUCCAGUUUGGAAGUAACACCUCUAAUUUCAAUUUUCCAAAUAACCCAGGAGUAUUCACUUUUGGUGCAAAUCCUACUGCACCAACAGCAUCGGCACAGCCUUCUGGCUCUUCCGGAUUUUCAUUCAGCCAGCCUCCAGCCUUUACAGUGGGGACUAAUGGAAAAAAUAUUUUCUCUGCCUCUGGAUCUUCGGUUUCUGGUCGGAAGAUAAAGACUGCAGUUAGACGUAGAAAAUAAUCGGCUCGUACAUAAAGCAACUUUCAAAGCAGCUGCUACCCUGCAUUGUUCAGUUGUUGGGAUCAUACCUCAUGCUGGGAUAGCUGAAGUCAGAUCUGCCUAAAGGAGUGUAAAGCUCUGCUGCCCCUUCCUACCCUCCCUCAUUUAGUUCUUUUGUAAUGAGUAGAGUUGGCAACAGAGCCCUUCUCAAGCGAAACUAUUUUAGAAUCCGGCAAGUUCUCUUUCACGGACUCGGCAUGGUCCGGCUAUAGACAUGAGUAUAGCCUGCACAGCGAAUGGCUUGUACAAUACCUCUUCAUCUGCACCACUAUGUGCGCUCAUCCGCGUUUACUGACGCCUCAAAAUUGUAAUUAUACCAGUGAGGGAUUCUGUAUAGAGUAGAGAAUGUUUUAAUGAAUGAUUUCUAUGCUGAGUUUGUGCUGGUGUAUGUGUGAAGUGAGUGAGUUUGGGUGUAUUGUGCACUAAAAUUUUCUGAUAGAGAAAGACUGAAUUAAGAAUGAUCCAUGCUAAGGACUUGUUAGAUCUGUAGUUCUCCAUUUAAUAACUAUAUAUGCUAUUUCUAUAUUUUCAUUCUUACAGCCCUUUAUCACAUCUCACCUUUGUUAUUUUAUUAUUGAAACGUGUAAAUAAGUUUUGUUUCUCUAUGUACUUUUUUGGCAUAACAGAUCUGUGAAAUUGAAAUUUUAAUUUUGUGUGUUACGGCCAUUUUUGUUUAGUAUUGUCUCAGAUUUUAUGUAAAUCCCAUUAUUCAAAGUUGCCUAAAUCCAUUUAGAAAAUCUUUAAAAUUGGGAAUUCUUAAAGUAAGUUUAUUGGCUUUUCUGAUCCAUUUUUGUUUGGACCAAAAACCAGUAUUGUACAAAGUAUUAAGUAUAUAUUUUUAUAUUUACUGAAAUGGACUGUGGUGACUUUGGAUAAUAAGGAAAAGUUUAAUAUUAAAGCCAUGUUUAUUACAGUAUAAUUAACAUGUUAAACCCUGGGAUAAAUGCCAUCAAUAAAAACUAUAAAAUAUU